AUGAUAAAAUUUAAACACAAAAUAAAAGAAAGACUAAAAACAUGCAUAAUAGACUACUUUCAAAUGCAAAAUAUUUUUCCCCUCUUAAUUUGUGACAUCAUCUUUUCAGUUUACCUCUUAACUAAAUCUUUAAAGUUGAAAUUGAAAUCCUUUUUAAUUUUUUCUCCAAGGGAAAUAAAUGAUUUUACUAUAAAAAUAUACUCAUUUCUUUCAAAUUGCUUCUCGAAAAGAAUACAACACACUGUUUGCUUCCAGGUCGCCUUAAACCAAACUAACGAAUGGAGACAAAAUGAAUGGAAUAAGUGCGAAGAUAAAAUCGAAGAAGCAUGUAAAGAAUUGGAUGAAAAUUUAGAAGCUGAAAAGGAUGAACACAUCAAAAUGAAUGAAAAGGAAUGGGAAACAUGCAUCGAAGUUAUCAAAAAAAAAUGGACCAAUUUCUGGAAAAAUAUAGAUGACAAAUAG